AUGCAUGAUCCUCGGGAAACAGUUUGCGUAUACAGCGUGACCACUUCGGACCUGGUCCCUAAAAGCGUGGAUGUGGUGUUCGACAUGGAUUCUGGCCAAGUCAGCGAAGGCUUCAUUCCCCACGACCUGACCCACGUGGGCAAGAUUGUGUUUGGAACUAGGCCUACGAAAGGAUCUGCCUACGCCUACUUCUACGAUGCGACAGGGAAGCAGAUCACAUCCCCUUCUAUUGCUGUGACACCCCUGCCACCGUCAUCCCCACCCCCGCCGCCAGUCCCCAGCCCACCCCCCACGCCCCUUGCACCACCGCCGCCAUACACCACCAUCUCCGUGGUGUCUGCCAGAUGUGCCUGGGCAGGUAUCAUGCAUUCUGUUCAGUUCCAGUAUGAUGUCCUCCUGAAGCACAAGGUCCCUCAGGUCCACGUGGUCUUCAAGCUGGGCAUCUUCGACUUUGGCACAGCAUACACCCCCGACUCCCUUGAGCACAGCGGCCACUUCGUUGCCUCCGCCGUGGAGACACUCGAGGGCUACGCCUACGCUUACUACUUUGACGAGUACGGCAACAAGAUUGCCUCUCCUCCAACCCCCGUGGUGCAGUUCACCCUCCCCCCUCCUCCAAACCGCAGCACCCAGAGCACCUCUCCCGCCCCCACAACCACCACCACAACCUCUGCAAAGAAGUCUCCCCAUGCCACUCGCAAAGCGUUGCCCUCCCCCUGA